AUGAAGUUUCUCGGCGCCUUCCUGACAGCUCCUUUAGCUACCCUCGCGGCCCCUAUCCUAGAGGCACGAGCCGAAGCUAUUCCGGGUAACUGGAUCGCCGUCCUUAAGGACAGUGCGACAGAUAGUCUUCACAGCACUUUCACCGGCAUAUUGGGAGGCACCGAGCCCAAGCAUACUUACAAGAUAGGGAGCUUCCACGGGUACUCGAUAUCAGCUUCGGACGACGCGAUCAACUCAAUCGCAAAUCUAGACGAGGUUGCCUACAUCGAGCCAGACUUCAAAGUGAGCAUCAAUGCCCUAACGAGCCAAAGCUCCGCGCCAUGGGGCCUAGCCCGGCUCUCCAGCCGCAAGCCAGGAGCCUCUGAGUACAAGUAUGAUGAGACGGCCGGCAAGGGCACGUAUGCGUAUAUCAUCGACACAGGCAUCUACCUAGACCACCCGGAAUUCGAGGGGCGCGCCUCAUUUGGCAAGAACUUCGUCGACGGUAGCAACAACGACACGGACGAGAAUGGGCACGGCACCCACGUCGCGGGAACGACCGGCUCCCUCACGUACGGCGUGGCUAAGAAGACGCACCUGGUCGCCGUCAAGGUCCUAGGCGCGGACGGAUCCGGCGCGAUCAGCCAGGUCAUCGCCGGCAUCCAGUGGGCGGUCGACGAUGCGAAAUCGAAAGACACUAAGCAACAUCACCCACCCCCAGGAAUCGGAAAGGCAGUAGGAAACAUCUCCCUCGGCGCCCUCAAGCUGCUCUCGUCAUCCGUGAACACCGCCGCCGCGGAGGCCGUCAAGGCGGGCUUCUUCCUCGCCGUGGCGGCCGGGAACGGGAACCUGGACGCGUCGCAGUACUCGCCGGCGUCGGAGCCGAGCGUGUGCACGGUGGGCGCGACUUCGCGGGACGACGCACGCGCGCCCUUCUCGAACUACGGGGACCUGGUCGACGUGUUCGCGCCGGGCGUCGACGUGCUGAGCACCUGGAACAACGGCAGCACGGCCAUCAUCUCCGGCACGUCGAUGGCGACGCCGCAUAUCGCCGGCCUCGGCGCUUACCUCCUGAGCCUCGAGGGCGCGCGCGAUCCCGUCGCUCUGUGCGAUCGUAUACAGGAUCUGGCUACGAAGGAUGUGGUCACGGAUUCGCAGUCUGAGCAUGAUGUGCUUGCGUAUAAUGGUCAGUAG